GUUGACUCGAGGCCAGUAGUCAAGAUGAGCCAGGAGGAGAACGCUGAUUUGAGUGAAGCAAGUCCACAAGAGAAUCAGGCCAGCUGGAAACCCGAAUCUUCACAGAAGCCAUUAGGAAUUGGAGAUGAGCCCAUCCUCUAUAUUGAUUCAAUUGAGGAAGAGGGGACCUAUCUCAGGCGUGUAAGCUUCUUUGUCAGCAGGGAGCUGAAAAUAUUUGGUAUCACUGAGAUCAUGAUUGGAAUCAUUCAGGUAGUGUUCGGUCUUCCUCUGAAUUUUGUAGAAAGCUAUGUCUUUGCUGUUCUCAUUGGCGUUCCCUGGUGGACAGGAAUUUGGUAUAUCAUAUCAGGAUCGCUGCUGGUUGACAUUAUAAACACAUCCAAUACCCAUCUUAAGCAAGUGAUAUUAUUGAUGCACAUGGUAAGCACGAUUGCAGCUGUGAUUGGUGCAGGAGCUUAUUUUGUCUCCCUCUACAUGAUGCCACUAUUGGAAUCCAACUUUUUCAUU